AUCUAAUCGUUGGCUGUUCUCGCGAGAUCCUUUUUUUUCCCCUCGUGGAUCUAAACGACUGGAGGGCGAGCGGACCCGCUCUGUUCUCAAUUUGACAGAAGUUGCAUUCGGGGCUGGGCGCAGUGAGUGCGCAGUUGUUGUUCAGCAAAGUUCAAAGUCCUCCUCUGUCUCUGUAUCAGUUCCAGUCGAGGUUAAUUUUAGUUGUCCACUCUGUGCGCAGCACGACGCUUAGGACGAGUGGGGGGGAAAAUGGUUACUUUGUGAAGAAGAAGAUAAAAAAAAAAGUUCUGCAGCUCUCUUCAUUCGUGGAUCAGGUCGACGGGACGUCCCUUCCCCUCUGCAACGUCGUCGACUGAUCUGAGUUCUCCCUCCGCUGAGACGCAUGAGUGGAGUCUCGUUGAGGAGGCGCUUGCUCGCCAGGGGGAAAGGGUUUUCUUCGCUCUCCGCGCGCUGCCUCUGAUCUGAAACAGCCAAGGACGCGCAGGAGAUGGCCUUUCGCACGAGCCUGUCCGGCAGAGAGGAGACGKCUCUGAUCAUGACGGAGAGGGACGCGGCGGACACCUACGCGUGUCCGACGAUCGAGCUGAGCCGAGCCGUGUCGGUGUCGCUGGGUUUGGACUCGGUGUCGUCUCCGCUCGGGAGCAUGAACCCCGGCGGCGGCUGCGCCUUCGCGGACUGCGACCCCACCGCCCGCGGAGCGCCCGACCCGUUGGGACCGCCCGGAAGCCUGACCACGGGGGGAGGAGGCAGGCUCGUCCCGGCUGACAGCAGCCUCAGGGAGGACGACUUCGGAGAGGUGUGCCAGGGCAUGCGGCAGGUGAGCUGCAUGGAUCUGUUCCGAUCCGGAGACGUGGUGGACGGCGCGCAGACCGCCGUGACGCGCGGCUCGGUCAUCUCCAGAUACGUCUGCAAGGGGUCCAGCGUGUUCGGGGAGGUCCCCGCCGCCACCCAGGUGACCGAGGUCGUGGCUCUGAAGCCGUACUCGGCUUACUCCGCCGACUCCAGCUUGUACAGAGACGCCCAGGGAACCGUCUGGUGCGCAAACGAGCGCGCGUACGGCGAGCCGCGCCGAUCCGACGCACCUGGCGUCCUGUGCAAAUACUGUAACUGCGCGCAGACCACCACCUUCGGGUCCAGACAAGUCUGUAACUGCUUGUGGUACAGGCGAGGGGCCGAGCCGGGGGGCAAAGGGACCAUGCAAGCGGCGGCGGCGGCGCAGGCGUACGGCCAAGUGGAAAGUUACCCAGACGCGAACCCUCAAGGGCAAACCACUUUUUCCUCCGUCAAGACCGAGCCUUCAGUUUGGGUGGACUGCACGGAUCGCAGUUUCAGACAUGGGGAUUUUUUCCCUGGUGUGUACCUGUCAGAGAGGAGAGUGUGUCAGGUGUGCGGUGAUGACGCGUCAGGUUGUCACUAUGGAGCGGUCACCUGCGGCAGCUGCAAAGUGUUCUUCAAGAGGGCCGCUGCAGGUAAGCAGAACCACCUGUGCGCCAGCCGGAACGACUGCACCAUCGACAAGCUGAGGCGGAAAAACUGUGCCUCCUGCCGCUUAAAGAGAUGCUUCAUGUCAGGGAUGAGCUUAAAAGGCCGCAGGCUGAAGGGAGCCGGACAGACGAGAAGCGGAGAGGAGGAGCUGCCGCAGCCUGCCACCGCCUGGGGCCAUGGAGACAGAGAGGAGAGGGCAGGGAACAGGGAUGUUGUCAUGGAGGCUGGAAGUGCUGCAGCCAGGGCUCAAGGUGGACAUCAGUUCCUGCCUGUUGGGAUCCCCCCAACCCUGCGCUCCUGCCUGUCCCUGCUCAGCGUCCUUCAGUCCAUCGAGCCCAACGUGGUCAAUGCCGGACACGACCCUGCCCAACCGGACAGCUCCGCGUCGCUGCUCACCAGCCUCAACGAGCUCGGGGAACGGCAGCUGGUAACGGUGGUGCGCUGGGCCAAGGCCAUUCCAGGGUUCCGUGACCUGUAUGUGAACGAUCAGAUGUCAGUGAUUCAGCUGUCGUGGAUGGGGGUGAUGGUGUUUGCUCUGGGCUGGAGGACCUACACACUUACUAACUGCUCCAUGCUGUAUUUCGCUCCAGACCUGGUCUUCAAUGACCAGCGGAUGCAAGUGUCCAGUAUGUACGAGCACUGCCUGAGGAUGAAGCUGCUCGCCCAGAGGUUCUGCAAGCUGGAGGUUACCGAGGAGGAGUUCCUCUGCAUGAAGGCCCUGGUCCUCUUCAGCAUCAUGCCAGUGGAGGGCCUGAAGAGCCAGCAUUGUUUUGACGAACUGCGGACCUCCUACAUCAAGGAGCUGGACCGCUUGGCCAGCAACCACGGCGAGACCACCCGGACGCAGAGGCUGUUUCAGCUCACGCAACUGCUGGACUACCUCCAGUCGAUUGUCAGGAAGCUGCACCAAUUCACCUACGAUCUCUUCAUCCAAGCCCAGUCCUUGCAGACGCGCGUGAACUUCCCAGAGAUGAUCUCCGAGAUCGUCAGCGUCCACGUGCCCAAGAUCCUGUCAGGCAUGGUGAAGCCCAUCCUUUUCCACGACACGGCCUGAGCUCCUCCACCCCUCCUCCCUUUCACGUCACGAGCUCCGACGCCCAAGAAGGUGCGCGUCCAGGAGAGCUGAAACAGGCAGGCAAUGCUUCUGGGAUGUUUUUUAUUAUUAUUAUUAUUAUUAUGAAGUGAAAGAAGCGACAUAAGCUGUGACAGAAGGUGAGGUCUUUCUUCCAGCGUAUUGUAAAAAGUAACCACAUCCACUCUGCUCUUCUUGCCGCCUGCUCACUACAAGUACAUCUUUUUUUUUUUACAUAUAUAUAUAAUUUUUGGUAGCCGAUUAAAAAAAACACAAAAAAACAACAACGCAUGCAUUCCGUCACUCGAGCCAAUGAGAGCCAGCGUGUAGACGACUUCAGCUCCUCUUACUGUUUCCUGUCAGCCGAGACAUAAAGACAGUAGUGAGAAAAACACGUUUGCAGAGUUCACAUCCUCCAAUCGUUUUUUUUUCUUUGUGUGCUGUAGUCUGACAUCUGAACUAGCUUUUUCCACAAUGAGCUUUAUUGUGUGCACCUGAGCUGAAAAAAAAAAACCUGUUUGAUUGACAGUUAAUAAUAAGCAGUUGUAACUUGCAUGCUGUCUCGCCUGAAGGCAUAGAAAACAUUUUUUUAAAAAGCUCUUCUCACAUUUUUGAAAAGUUUUUUUUUUAACAACCUUCCUAAUUGUUUCAUUAUGUGUUCCUGUUCGGUGUGUUCAAUUAAACAUCUUUAAAGUGACGGCAGCACAGCUACGUUUGAAUGUAUAUUUAUGAAUUUCUGACAUUGGGAUAAAAUAUUUGCACCAGCAAACAGCAGAGAAAGUGAAUGAACUAAAAUUUCAAAAAAAUGCCGUGACUUGCUCGUCAGCUAAAACAACGGUUGACUUUCUUAAAAAGAACAAACAAAAGAAAAGUUUCUGAGUGCCAAACAAGUACAGUUUUUAUCAAAGUGGAUAUUUCAUACUGUUGUGUAACUUUUCUACAGUUUUCCUAAAGGUGUUCUUUUUGCAAGUGCUUCUCCUGUGUGCCACCGUGGAUUCGUUGUAGCUUACGACACUUUUGCUAAGCAUUAAAUGUUCGGCCAAGA